GCCACGCCCCUCUGCUGAGCGGGCCUUUCAGGAUGGCCUCCUGCCAGGGGAGGCUUUAAAAGGGAGGGGGCGCCAGGCUGCUCUCACUGUCAGCAGCAAAGAUCAUCAGAGUAAGACAUCAUGACUCACCACUGCACCAAGUUCUCUGGACACUGGAAGAUCAUCGUGUUCGACGAGGAGUGCUUCCAGGGCCGCCGCCAUGAGUUCACGUCCGAGUGCAGCAACGUGAUGGAGUUGGGCUUCGAGACCGUGCGCUCCCUGCGGGUGGAGAGUGGAGCCUGGGUGGGUUACGAGCACGCCUCCUUCCAGGGCCAGCAGUUGGUUCUUGAGCGCGGCGAGUACCCGCAGUGCGACGCCUUCGGCGGAAGCAACGCCUACCACAUUGAGAGGUUGACCUCCUUCCGGCCCAUCGCAUGUGCCAACCACCGGGAGUGUCGCAUGACCAUCUUUGAGCGGGAGAACUUCCUGGGUCGUAAAGGCGAGCUGAGCGACGACUACCCCUCCCUGCAGGCCAUGGGCUGGUGCAACAACGAAGUGGGCUCUCUGCGGGUCCAGUCGGGAAGCUUCGUGUGCUACCAGUACCCCGGUUACCGUGGUUACCAGUACAUCAUGGAGUGCGACCGUCACUGCGGCGAGUACAAACACUUCAAGGAGUUCGGCUCCCACAGCCAGACCCCCCAGAUCCAGUCCAUCCGCCGCAUCCAACAGUGACCCUUCACCUUUGACCCCCGCGGCUUCCCAGCUGAAUAAACUGUUUUUCCUAAACAUCA